AUGACCAUUCCUCAUUACGGCGUUUGGGCUUGCACACCUACGAGCUACGAGGCUCAAACCCCUAAGCAAGACCCAAAGUCUCCGCACAUCUAUCUCCAUUUCACGGAUGAAUCCUCUGGCACAUCGAGCAGGAAACUCGAGGCCGCUAUUAAUGUCAAGUCCACCGGCAAAGACAGUCGUCUGGUGUUCUGGGUGACCCGUAACUUCAGCAACCCCAUCACUGAGCAGCUGUCCGAGCUUGAACUUGGCUUUCAUCUUGCAUCCUCGCCAGGUUCGAGUGACACAAACUACGAGAGCUACGGUAGUCACAACCAUGGUCACCACAGUCACCACGCUAGCCGUCAUCACCAUGAGCGCCAUCAGCAGUCUAGACUACAAGGCCUCGACUAUAUUCGGACCCCGGGCCUCGUUGACAUCAAGUCCGGUCAGGUACUUCCUGCCGAUGCUUCAGGUCCAAACAAUGACAUACUCGACAAAUUGGAACCUAUUCUACAAGACGCAAUCAGGCAGAAGGCUACAGCUUUUAUAUGGGGUUCUUCGUAUGGAUCUGGCAUCCAUGACAUUCACAUGAACCAGGGUAGUAAGCCUAGCUUCUCUAAUGGAAUUUACGAGGAUGGCGCGCUGUUUUUCAAAUUCCCCGAUGGCCAUUGGGAGGCUGUCUUCCUCGCCUUUGCAUCGCAGAGGAUUCCAACUAAUGACGAGGGCGAGUAUGAGGAGAACAGCCAGUCCUUGGCUUCCAUCCUAGGUCAGGACGCAUAG